AUGCUGUCGCCUCGCUUUUUCACUUGGGCAAGUCCUCAGAUACAGCCUCUAGAAAUGAACGAAGACCUAACAAGGAUGCCGCAUUUGAUCAUUGUACCAUGCCAUUCAAUUUGGAAUCAAUUUAGCCAAACCGAUGGCACGCCAAACCUGGGACAUUUACCCGAGCAAUGGUUCUUAGCUCCCUUCCAGCUUGAGGGAAACGACCACUUAGCUUUCAUCAAACAUGGCUUGCAUGCGAUCUUACAUCUCGUCAAGGACGUGUCGAACCAGUCGGUCGUCGUAUUCAGCGGAUCUCAGACCAAGCUAUUAGCAGGUUGCAUUUCCGAGGGGCAAAGUUAUUACUUUCUGAUGUGGCGGUUGAUUAACCAGGUAUAUCAAGACGAAGGAUUGUUUCCAAAUGAUUUUCCUGACGACAUACUAAAGUUGUUGAAGGACAUUAAAGCCAUUAUGAUGCUGCGGUCAAUCAGUGUGCAGACACUCUUCACUUCCCUGGUCACCACGGAGGAUUUCGCACUGGAUUCUUUCGAAAAUCUAUUGUUCUCAUUGUACAGAUUCAAGCAAUUCGUUGGCGUGUUCGCUAGGAAGAUUACAAUCAUUGGGUUUGGCUUCAAGGAGAAGAGAUUUUUGCGAUUGCAUGCCAAGGCCAUAGACUUUCCAAUUAAAAACAUUCAGUACGUCGCGGUUGAUCCAGCUCCAACGAACUACGAUUCCAUCAAGCUGAAAGCGUACUACGACGAGCUGGACAGCUUGGAAUUCCAUAAUGCUCUAAACAUAUUCUCCUCUGAUUGGUAUGGAUCCAAAACUGCGUUAAAGACCAAGAAGAAGGCUCGCAAUCCCUUCAAAAGGAUCAAUAACUAUGAAGACGUAAGGCUAUUCGAACUGAAAGAUGCCAUUGAAAACGAUGAAGUAUUUUUUGAAACAUACAUAAAGGGAAAGAUGCCCUGGUCCCCACCGUCUGAUAGCUAG